AGGGCCCGGGUCGGCGGCCCGCCCGCGCCGUCCCCCGGCAAGCGCCUCCAGCUCUGGGGGCUCGGGCUCUUCUGCACCGAGCGCCACCUGGCCCGGUGCCUCAGGAGCAACACCUUCUACCCGUUCACGCAGCAGCAGCCCAACGUCUUCGUGCUGGAGUACUACCUGGACACGCUGUGGAAGGGGACGCUGCUCUUCGUCGUCUCCGUCAUCCUGGUCAGCUUCGGCCUCGUGCGCCAGGUGCAGCAGCAGGAGACCUGGGGCUUCCCCGCGUACGGCGUGGGCGUGGGCCUGUGGCUCAUGGUCUCGUCGCUGCCGCGGCGCCGCCUGGUGCUGAACCACACGCGCGGCAUGUACCACUUCUCCAUCCGCGGCCGCGAGGUGCACCAGGGCCCGCUGCACCUGGUCUACGUGCGCCUGGCGCUCAGCUGCGACGCCCGCGGGAGGUGCUUCUUCCAGCUGGUUCUGUGCGGCCACAAGCUGGAGCCGCUGGUGCUGGUGCAGCUGUCCGAGCGCUACGAGCAGGUGGAGCUGCUGGGCCGCCACAUCGCUCGGAAGCUCCACAUCAACUACUUCGACUACCCGGCCACGUCCUACCGGCACGUGGUGCGCCACUGGCCGCUGGGGGUCGCCUUCAGCCCGAGCAUCGUGCUGCGCCGGAACCGAGACCGCGGCCGCCAGCAGAGCGCCCAGUAG